UGGUUAAGGACCGGCAGCACAAGCAUCUUUUGUGUGGAGAUGUUUGUAGUGGGGUGAGUAACAGCGUGACACGAGUGAUUAGCAAUGCAAAGCUCCGGUACUGCGCCAUAAUCUGCACUAGGGAAACAUCAACCCUUUCCUGUGCGACUUCAACCUCUUCUUCUGCUCAGGGACCACACCAACCGCAGAUCUGGAACCAAAAAUGAACUGGGCGUCUUUUUAUGCCGUGAUCAGCGGCGUGAACCGACAUUCCACCGGCAUUGGGCGGAUUUGGCUGUCUGUACUCUUCAUUUUCCGGAUCCUGGUUCUGGUGGUGGCGGCGGAGAGCGUGUGGGGCGAUGAAAAAGCGCAUUUCAUCUGUAACACUCAGCAGCCUGGCUGCAACAGCGUGUGCUACGACCACUUCUUCCCCAUCUCUCACAUCCGACUGUGGGCGCUGCAGCUCAUCAUGGUCUCUACCCCCGCCCUGCUGGUUGCCAUGCACAUUGCACAUCGUCGGCAUAUCGACAAAAAGUUGUAUCGCCAGGCUGGCCGCACUAGUCCGAAGGAAUUAGAGCAGAUAAAGACUCAAAAGAUGAAGAUUACCGGCGCCCUUUGGUGGACAUACAUGAUUAGCCUUCUGUUCCGUGUGUUAUUCGAAUCCGCCUUUAUGUAUCUCUUCUACAUGAUUUACCCAGGCUACAAGAUGUUCCGGCUGGUAAAGUGUGACUCGUACCCGUGCCCAAACAUAGUCGACUGCUUUGUGUCCCGGCCAACAGAGAAAACAGUGUUCACUAUAUUUAUGCUUGCGGUGUCCGGCGUUUGCAUCCUGCUCAACAUCGCAGAAAUCAUCUUUCUUGUUGCUAGGGCAACAAGUCGCCAUCUCAAUAACUCCAAGGACUCCGCAGUGGGAGCCUGGAUCUCUCAGAAACUGUGUUCAUUUUAGUAGUGCUCGACUAGUCACCCUGAAACCUAAACAUUUCACUCAAACACUUAAUGUUAAUGUGGGCUAAUAAUAUCCUUAUGUCAUUGAUGUUUUUUUAUUUUAUUUUAUAACUGAAUACUUUUAAAAAUAUGUAGGGCUAAACAGGGCUUACAUUUUUAGACCGUUGUUUGAAUAAAUUUAUAUUGCUGUAUAAAAAUGUUAUACUGUAGCUAAAAUACUACAAUUAAAUAAAAUCUUAAUCUUUA